ACCUGUAGCAUUGCAUUAUGGGUAAAUUUUCAUCCAAUAUGUCAGCGCGUUUUUCAACUUCUGCUCACGAGGCGCAGCAGAGUUUGUCACCGAUGUUCUUACCAUAUUUUGAUGUCUUCUGUGAUCUAUUAUUAUACAGAACCAAGGCAACAUAAAAAAUAUUUUGUUUUAUAUGAUAAAAAGCAACAUGUUUGAUGGUGACAUCAUCUCUACGUCUGUCCUCCUAUAGAUGAUAACAAAAGAAGAAAAUGAGAAUCUACUUAACUACAAACUUUUAUCUGCCGAGACCAGAGAAUGAAGAUGAAAAAAAUAUUGUUCCUUCAUGGAAGCUGAGAAUGGAGGGUCAUCUUCUAGAUGAGAUGCAGGCUUUUAAGACUGAUGGUCCAAGACAGAAACAAAAGUUCUCAACAUAUUUCAAGAGACUUGUGAUAGAGUUGGACAGGGAGUUUUAUUUUCUUUAUGGACAACUGACCACAAAGAAGGAAGAUUUAAAGGAUUUGAUGGCAGAUUAAUGAUUGUUUGGAAAUUAGUGAAUUGUAGGAUGUAUUUUCCUUAUCAACAGUGGUUGGCAAGGAAAAUGAACCUGGCCAGACUUGGAUUUUUAGACCAAGUUGUCAACGGGUUGGUUUUGAGAUUUGGAGAAUGGUAGACUUCUUUUCCUGUAUGUCUUCUUAUAGAAAAAAAUAUACAUGCACUUAUAAUUAAGAUGUGUGAAAAUUAAUUCUGAAUUGUCACUUAUCACCAAAUAUAAACUAUUUUUAAUGGCUAAUUUGAUAACUGAUUACAGCUACAUUUACUAUUUACCAGUUGUUAAUUAAGUGUUUUACACUCAAUAGUUUGUAGCAAGUCAAAGUCAUAACCAGCUUUAUGCAUGAAUCACCCAUGAUAUAUUUGACAAUGUUUAGCAAAUUAAAACAAUGGACCAUA